CGGUACGAGUUCGGGACGCGCACGGGCAUGGUGGUGUUCGCACUACUCGUCCUCGCGGAGUCUGCGGAGGAGACGUGGCCGCUGCGGCGCGUGCUGGACGACCUGCUCCCAAACGACACCCCGGUGUGGAAUGAGUGGAAGGACAAGCUGAUGCGCAACAUGAAGGCGAACGAGGCGUGGCUACGGGGGGCCGGGCCGCGGGGCGGCGAGCUCACGUUCGAGUUCCCGCCGCCGGCGAAGGGCGAGAGGCCGUUGCUGGGACGGUUGUAUGGGGAUGCGCAUGCUGCGGCAAAUGUGUAUAGGAGCCAUCGGAGACGAUGGUGUCCGGGACUCUAGACUUUAAUCCUGAGAGUGUUCGCUGCGGCAUCCGCUCCCUGACUACGUUAACUAUCUGUGCCGAUGUAGGUAAUGACGGAGCUAGAUCGCUU